AUGCCUACCCUCAGCCCCUCACUCCUUGCUAUUGCUACACUCUUCGUUGUGCCCCUAACGUGGUGUCACCCAACAGCGACCCUCCCUGGUACCGGUAUCUUCGACUUUGAACUCUUUUCCGAGUCGGAACCCAGCCAACAAUAUCUUCGGGUCGACGCCGAUGUUUGCCCUCAGUCAUCGGCGUUGUCUCCCGUCGUCAACAAGGAUGUCUGGGACAACGCUACGCGCCAAUUUGAAGCAGAAAACUUCAAAACACGCGUUGUAGAACUCCUUGGAGGUGCAAUCCGAAUCCCCACCAUAACUUUUGACGAUAUGCAAGCUGUUGGCGUCGAUCCUCGUUGGGAGGUGUUUGACCAGCUUCACGCCUAUCUAGAACACGAGUUCCCUCUGACACAUGCUCACUUGACCGUCCGCAAAGUCAAUACUUAUGCCCUAUGGUAUGAGUGGAAAGGAACCAAUCCAGCGCUUAAACCCAUAUUUUUCGCCGCUCACCAAGAUGUUGUUCCUGUUGACCUUCUGACUGAAGACGAUUGGGCUCAUCCUCCAUUCUCCGGGUUCUUCGAUGGUACCGCGGAUGAUAAAAAUGGGCUCAUCGGGGUUUUGACAGCUCUUGAGGUUCUUCUGGAAGCCAAUUUUACUCCGUCACGCACCAUUGUAGCUGCCUUUGGCUUCGAUGAAGAAAUCAGUGGAUUUCAGGGCGCUCAGCAUCUUUCGAAGGCGUUUCUGCAGGAAUAUGGCCACAAUGGCUUCGCACUCAUCGUCGACGAAGGCGGCGGUAUGGCCAAUUUGUUUGACACCAUGGUCGCACUCCAGGGUGUAAGCGAAAAGGGUCAUAUCGACAUAGGUAUCAAUGUCACAUCUCCUGGUGGGCACUCCAGCGCACCUCCAUCACACACGAGUAUCGGAGUUCUUUCUGCUAUCGUUGUUCAAUUUGAAAACAAUCCCAAUCCGGCAUUACUGAGUCGGCAGUCCGUUCCCUUUGAAACAUUACAGUGUUUGGCAGAACACGCAGCAUCCCUCCCCACUGAACUUAAAGAUUUGAUUCAAGACUCAAUCACUUCUGACGAGGCGCUGCAUGCGCUUGAAGACAUGCUUGCCCAAUUUCCCCUCUAUCUAGGUAUGAUCAGUACUACUACGGCUGUUACCGUCAUUCGCGGUGGGGUCAAAGCAAACACACUUCCGGAGUUGACGACAGUGACCAUCAACCGGCGAAUUCUUGCAGAAAGCUCUGUUGCAGAAGUUCUCACUUACGACACUAAUCUAAUCAAGCCACUUGCCGACCACUUCAAUAUGUCCUUUUCGGCAUUUGGCGUAGAAAUCUCCACUGGAUCGGCUCCAGGAAAUAUUUCUUUGGGAAACCUCGGCCAUGCAGUUGACCCAGCGCCAAUAACUCCGUGGAGUGGGUCAGCCGCUGCAGCAUAUGACUUGUUUGCGGGAACGAUUGUGUCUACGUACGAUUCACGUCUUGGGCACUCGCCUGGGGAGGACGACAAGACGGUCGCGGUUUCGCCACUAAUUGUGCCCGCAAACACUGAUACGCGUCACUAUUGGGAUCUCUCGCCGAACAUCUUCCGCUACAAUCAUGGAAAUACGGGAGGUUUGAGCUUGGAGGAGGCGAGGAAGGGAAUCCAUAGUGUCAAUGAGUCGAUUGUCGCGAGCGACCUUGUCGAGGCGGUUCGAUUCUAUGUGUUACUUGCGCUCAAUGCAGAUGAGUCGGAGGUGAUAGGUUGA